AUGGUUUUUUCCAGCUAUCAGCUCACUUUCCACUAAGAUCGGCACAAAAAAACGUGAAUGAUUAUUUAAUUAUUAUUUCACAAAUAUUGUAAUUAAAAUUCAUAACUCAAAAUGCCGCCAAAAAAGGCACCGGCUCCGAGUAAAAAAACGGAGCUGAAGAAAAAGGAAAAAGUUAUUGAGGAUAAAACAUUCGGAUUGAAAAAUAAAAAAGGGGCGAAACAGCAAAAAUUUAUACAGCAAGUAGAAAAGCAGGUGAAACCUGGAGCUGGAUCCAAAAAAGAUGACCCUAAAAAACUUGAAAAAGAAAAGAAAUUAAAAGAGCAACAAGAGUUGGCACUAUUAUUCAAACCUGUGCAGACUCAGAAGGUUGAAAAAGGAACUGAUCCCAAGUCUGUAGUAUGUGCAUUUUUCAAACAAGGCCAAUGUGCCAAGGGUGAUAAAUGUAAAUUUUCUCAUGACUUGACAAUUGAACGUAAAGCUGAAAAAAGAUCACUGUAUUGUGACAUGAGAGAUGAUGACAAAGAAGCAGAUACGAUGGAUAAAUGGGAUGAAGAUAAAUUGAAAGAAGUUGUGGAAAAAAAACACGGUAGUGGAGGAGUUAGACCUACUACAGACAUUAUUUGCAAACAUUUUUUGGAAGCCGUCGAAAAAUCAAAGUAUGGAUGGUUUUGGGAAUGUCCUUCAAAACUAAAAUGUAUCUACAGACACGCGUUACCGCCAGGUUUUGUUCUUAAAAAAGAUAAAAAAAAAGAAGACAAAAAAGAUGAAAUUUCUCUUGAAGAUUUGAUUGAAAGAGAACGAGCUAAUUUGGGACCUAAUCAAACAAAAAUAACGCUUGAGACUUUCUUGGCUUGGAAAAAACGUAAGCUCAGAGAAAAGAAAGAAAAAGCUGAAAAAGAUGAAGAGAAAAAACGUAGUGAUUACAAAGCUGGUCGACAAGUUGGUAUAUCAGGUCGUGAAAUGUUCUUUUUCAAUCCAGAACUUGCUGCAGGAGAUGGUAUUGAUGAUGGUGAUGAAGCUAUUGAUAGCUAUGCAUUACACGAAGAAGAUACUGAAAAUAUUGAAUACCGUGAACUCGAUAUGGAUCAAUUAGCAAUGGAAGCUAGUGAAUUAGAUACAGCUGGAAUAACAAUUGCUCAAACUGAUAGAUUAAAGAGUACUAUUAAUGAACCUAAUAAUGACAAAGUUAAUGGUGAAUAUUCCGUCACUGUAGUUGGAGAAGGAGCGACAGCAUUAGCUAUCAAUGAAAAUCUAUUCACAGAAGAUGAUUUAGAAGGUUUAGAAGAUGAACUCGGGGACCUGGACAUGGAGGAGUGAUCCAGAUGUCCCAACAAUGUCUUCUCAAUAUUUUAAAUUUUAUUUUAAUUAAUUCGUAUCAAGUAUAUCAUGUAAAAUACAUAAAGUUAAUUAAAUAUUGCCUGAGUAUUUUUUCAGCUGAUCAUAUUAUACGCAAUUUUAAAAUUA